AUGGAGAACCAGCCGAAUGCCGCCGUGGAGGAGGAGUUAGUGGAGGGCUAUGCGGGUAUCUCUUUGUUAGACGAAGAGGAGGUACUGGUCCCGGCAGGAGGGGCAGCGACGCCGGAGGAUGGAGGGGGACGCCGGACAUGGGUUCUGGUUAGAAGGUUUUUGACACGCAAAUUGGUCAAACUCGAAUUCAUGCGUGAAGUCUUGGCAUCCGUGUGGCAGCCGGUGUGUGGUGUGCAGGUCUCGGAGUUGCACCCAAAUCUUUUCAUGUUCGUUUUCUACCAUCAAACGGAUUUGCAACGUGUGAUUGAUGAGGGGCCAUGGGCGUUUGAUAAUCAUACCUUGGUAUGUAGACCGGUGGAAGAUGGGGUGUUACCGGUUGAUGUGGUACUGGAUAGUGUUGACAUGUGGGUCCAAGUCUAUGGACUCCCGAUGGGCUACACGUCUACGAUCAUUCAGGAACAAGUGGGUAAUACUCUAGGUCGUUUUGUGAAGGGGGAUGAGAGAUUUGAUGACCGACCGUGGAAAGCGUUUUACAGGAUACGCGUUAGUAUUCCGGUGGCAAAACCGCUGCGUCGGAGGAUGAAGUUUGCUAAGCGGGAUAAAUCAUGGCCAUUCGUACAAAUUCUGUUUACAGGCAAGGAAUUCCACUCUUACUGUGGAUCAAUAUCUGUAUGGGGCAGAGAUGAAGGCGGGGUUGUCACGAGGGCCAAGACCGGUGGGUAG